UAAUUAGUGUUCGCUACCGAAUAAGAGUGGAUGUCUCUGAACCGAAUGAAUUAGGUUUAAAAAAUGGUGAAACUUAUGAUUUUUGCUCGGAUUGUAAAAAUAAAGUUGUAGAGUAUAAUAGUGGUGAAGAUGAUGAUGAUAAAGAUUUAGGACCUUGA